AUGGACAAUAGAUCACAGGUUAUGGAAAGGUUGCCGCCGGCGAAGAAGAAGACCUCGGGAAAGCCAACGUCCAAACUUCUGUCUAGCAUGGCAUCAUAUGGCAACGGCGGCGGCAAAUCAUCGCCCUCGUCACCGGCUCUGGUAGCCGUCAGUUCGCCGUCGACAAACCCUGUCUUUUCAUCUUCACAGCAAGUAGUUGAGAAGUUCAAGGAGCAGCGAUCCAUGAUUGUCCACGAACUUGCUGUACAAGACAGGCCAUAUGACUACUUAGAAAGCUUAUGGGAAGGCAAGGAGGAAGAGUUCAAGCCCGCCCUGGAAAAGGUGGCCUCGCUCGACCAAGAUAACAAAAUGUGGGCGUUGAGGAAGAACUAUUGGAGAGAGUUGGACGUGUGGAAGUACGACUAUGAUACCCAAGAUACCCGACAAAAAGCGAUCGACAACGCGAUCCGUCAGUUCGAUAAGAUGCGAUUGGCAACCACAGAGCCAGAGUGGCAGAAGCUCCUUCCUAGGGAGGAGCGAGGAAAGGGCAAGAUCCUCAGCAAGCUGCAGGCGAACAUCGCUAAGGCUUCCGCUGCACCACCACCAAAGAUCAAGGUACAAGAUGCAGACGACGACGAAGACGUUCUCAAGAUGAAGGGUGGUGAAGCCAUGUCACGGUCAUCCUCAAACCCCCUCCCGGCCAAGCCAAAGAAGGCUGCCGACACUACCGCAAAGCGACUCUUGUCGACAAACAAGAAGUCAACCCCGGCCAAAGCUGCACCAACCAAGAGCAAGGAGAAAGCGUCCGCCCCCGGCAAAAAUGGUCGUGUACUCUCCGCAGAGUUUGUUACCAACUCAGAUUCGGACUCAGAAUCUUCGGAGGACAAGCCGAUGGCGAGCAUCGUGGCUGCCAAGCCAAGGCCUGCACCCGCUGCCGCUGCUCCUGCCCCCAAGAAAAAACCUGAUACAUCGCUCCCUCCCAGGCCGAAGAUCGCCGUGCCUAAGCCGAAGCCUAAGCCGAUCGAGAAGCCAGAGCGGCCGGUGGAGAGGUCAAUUGAACGGCCCAAAGAGAGAUCUGUCGAGCGGGAGGCAAUCAAGACGGUCAAGACACAGCUACCCAAACGACAGCGGGAUGAGAAGGCAGACGACAGCAGUUCUAGUUCCGAAGCGCCCCUUGCGAAACGGGCGAAGCCAAAGGCGCCGAUCAAGGCGCCUGUAAACCUAAAGCAGCGCCCCGCGGAUGUCUCGCAUGCUUCUCCCCGCAAUUCAUCUGGAGUGUCUUUCAAGAGCAAGAACACAUCGCCAGCCAAAUCAUCCCCCUUGGCCUCGUCACCGCCCACGAAUGCCUCGGAUCUCGAACAUUCAGCACCCAAGAAGCGCAAGGCGUUGGAAUCCUCCGAUUCCUCCAUCGACAGCGCCCGGACCAAGUCUGCUCCCAAGCGCCAGCGCAUGCUUAGCCCCGACCUGGUCCACAAGGCCGCGCGUUUCAAGUCGUUCUAUGAAAAGUAUGAGGCUCUGCAUUGGGAGAUUGCUGACAUGCAACACCCGCCCGAGGACAAGAUGGCCGAUCUACUCGAUAUGCGCGAACGGCUCAAGGUCAUGAAGACGGAGAUUUACAGGGAAUGCCCGCCCCCUAUUGCGGUUGCUUAG